UUUUUUUAGUUGCACGAGAUUUAAAUAUGAAAGAAGAAACAAUGGAGAUUGAGGCUCACGGUUGAAACACAGAGUUACACUCCUGCUAUGGAUUAAAUAACAGCUACUGAGCGUGCAUGUCAACAUAUCCAUCUACAUGACAACUAAGCAAACUCCACUCCCUGAUGAAGUCUGUGCAGUAUGGUUCAAAGACCUGGAAAAAAGCUUAAACCAUAGUCUGCCCACUUCACCUCCUCAAGAUUUUCAGGCUUCGUUGCAAACAAGCAGACGACACGUCGUUUCCAUGGAUAAAGCUCCGUGAUUCUUGCAGCAGCAGAGAGCCGGCUGAGAGCUGAAUAUGCUGGGGGACUGGAGGAUCCCGUUUUUGCACAUGUGCAGCACCAGCCUCCUUCUGCUCUGGAUCCUCGUCGGCUUGAAUGUGGAGGAGGUGGCGGGGUCCCAGCAAGGGAUCCCUCUGUCAGUCGUAAAGCUCUGGGCCUCAGCAUUUGGUGGAGAAAUUAAAUCCAUUUCUGCAAAAUAUUCUGGAUCCCAACUACUGCAAAAGGAGCUGUGGGCUAUCACAGCGCCGCGUCCUGGAACCAACUCCAGUUCUGAGGCCAGUGCCUCGUCCAAGGGCAAUAGCAGGAUUAAUCCUAAAAACACCGCUGCAUGUCUUGGAGCAUGGGAGGAAAGCGGAACAACCAGAGGAAGUCCACGCAAACAUGGGGAGAGCGUUCAAACUGCAUAUAGAAAGCGGCUCCUGGGUCCAAACCUUGGACCUCCUUGCUCUGAGAAAUAUAAAGAAUUUGAAAAGUCAGUCAGAGUGGAAGAAAUUGAUGGCGUGAAACUGGUCAAAAACCUGGCUGUGAAGAUGGAGGAAGUGUUCAGGAAAAAAGCAGAGGCCACCAGGCGGCUCGUGGAGGCAGCAGAAGAAGCGCACCAUCAGCAUGAGGAUAAUCCCGACCUGCAGUAUGAGUACUUCAACGCCGUGCUGAUCAAUGAAGUGGACGAGAUGGGCAAUAAUGUGGAGCUGGGAGGAGAGUUCCUCCUGGAGCCCAACGACCAUUUCAAUAACCUGUCAGUCAACCUGAGCCUCAGUGUGGUGCAGGUGCCCACCAACAUGUACAACAAAGAUCCGGACAUAGUGAACGGAGUUUACUGGUCCGAGGCUCUCAAUAAAGUCUUUGUUGAUAAUUUUGAAAGAGACCCAACACUAAUCUGGCAGUACUUUGGGAGCGCCAAGGGUUUCUUCAGGCAGUACCCUGGAGUGAAGUGGCAUCCAGAUGAACAUGGCGUCAUUGGCUUUGACUGUAGAAACAGGAAGUGGUACAUUCAGGCAGCAACAUCUCCUAAGGAUGUUGUUAUCUUAGUCGACGUUAGUGGAAGCAUGAAAGGACUGAGGCUGACCAUUGCCAGACAGACUGUCUCCUCCAUAUUAGACACACUUGGAGAUGACGACUUCUUCAAUAUCAUUGCAUAUAAUCAGGAGAUCCACUAUGUGGAGCCUUGUUUGAAUGGCACGCUGGUCCGAGCCGACAGAACCAAUAAAGACCAUUUCCGUGAACAUCUGGACAAGCUGUUUGCAAAAGGGAUCGGACUGCUGGGUGAAGCUCUGGCUGAAGCGUUCACAAUCCUGAAUGAUUUUAAUCAAACUGGACGUGGCAGUGUGUGCAGCCAGGCCAUAAUGCUUGUGACUGAUGGGGCAACUGAAAUGUAUGAUGAUGUUUUUGAGAAGUACAAUUGGCCUGAAAGAAAGGUGCGAAUAUUCCCUUACCUGAUUGGACGAGAGUCUGCAUUUGCUGAUAACCUCAAAUGGAUGGCUUGUGCCAACAAAGGAUAUUUCAGUCAGAUCUCCACCUUAGCAGACGUUCAGGAGAACGUGAUGAGGUAUCUUCACGUCAUGAGCCGCCCGAAGGUCAUUGACCACGAGCACGACACAGUGUGGACCGAAGCUUACGUGGACAGUGCUCUCUCCCAGGCUCAUAAGUUGAAAGAAAAAGCAGGCCCAAGUCUGAUGACUACCGUCGCCAUGCCUGUCUUCAGCACAAAGAAUGAAACGAAGAACCAGGGUAUUCUGUUGGGGGUCGUAGGAACAGACAUCCCUCUGCAGGAGCUGAUGAAGCUCAUCCCGAAGCAUAUGUUAGGAAUCCAUGGAUACGCAUUUGCUAUCACAAACAAUGGCUACAUCCUGACACACCCGGACCUCAGACCUUUGUAUCAGGAUGGUCAGAAGAGGAGGAAGCCCAACUAUAGCAGCGUGGAUCUAUCUGAGGUGGAGUGGGAAGACAAAGAUGAUAUUCUACGCAAUGCUAUGGUGAACAGGAGGACAGGGACUUUCUCUAUGGAGGCGAAGAAGACAGUGGAUAGAGGGAGGCGUGUCCUGAAGAUGCACAAUGACUAUUUUUAUACUGACAUCAAAGGAACACCAUUUAGUGUCGGAGUGGCUCUCUCCAGAGGUCAUGGAAAGUACUUCUUCAGAGGAAAUGUAUCAGUUGAAGCCGGGCUCCGUGAUCUGGAACAGCCAGAUGUCGCGCUGGCAGAUGAAUGGACUUACUGCAACACAGAGGAGCAGCACGAGCACCGUCACCUGACCCAGAUUCAAGCCAUCAAGCUCUUCAUGACGGGCCGCAGACCACACCUCAAGUGUGACAGAGAGCUGAUUCAGGAGGUGUUGUUUGAUGCUGUGGUCACUGCUCCACUGGAGGCCUACUGGACCGGACUGGCACUCAACAAGUCAGAGAACUCAGACAAAGGAGUGGAGAUUGCCUUCCUGGGUACACGAACCGGCCUGUCGAGAACCAACCAGUUUGUCCCCUCCGAUCAGCUCUCCAAUCAAGAUUUUCUGACAGCAGAGGACAAGGAGGGUGUGUUUACUGCUGAUCACUUCCCUCUGUGGUACAAGAGAGCGGCGGAGCAGGUCCCCGGCACGUUUGUCUACUCCAUUCCCUUCAGCACAGCUUUAGAAAAUAAGAGUGUGGUUUUGGCGAGCACAGCAAUUCAGCUCCUCGAUGACAGAAAGUCUCCAAUCGUUGCUGCUGUAGGGAUCCAGAUGAAGCUUGAGUUCUUUCAGAGGAAGUUCUGGACUGCCUGCAGACAGUGUACAGCUCUGGAUGGAAAAUGCAGCAUUAGCUGUGAUAACGAGGACAUUAACUGUUAUCUCAUUGACAACAAUGGUUUCAUUCUUGUCACAGAGGAGCAAUCUCAGACAGGGCUCUUCUUUGGAGAGGUGGAAGGUGCUGUUAUGAACAAACUUCUCCAGAUGGGGUCCUUCAAAAGGAUCACACUGUAUGACUAUCAGGCCCUUUGCAAAGAGUAUGCUGGGAGCAGCGACAGUGCGCGCACUUUGGCAGACCCCUUCUCUGUCAUUAAGUGGCUCCUGACUGAGCUUGUAAUUUUUUUGCUAGAAUUUAACCUUUACAGCUGGUGGAAUAUCGAUCUAUCUGUUAAAGCUCAGAGAUCUCGGGGGAAAACAAUGAUGGUGCCAUGUGAUACCGAAUACCCUGCGUUUGUCUCUGAACGCACCAUCAAAGAAACAACAGGCAACAUUGACUGUGAUGGCUGUAUGAGGUCUUUUGUCAUACAGCAGAUUCCCAGCAGCAACCUCUUCAUGGUUGUUGUGGAAAAUAAGUGUGACUGCAGCAGUGCGCCUCCAGUAACCAUGGAUCCAAUCGAGAUCAUGUACAACGAGUCACUAAAAUGUGACAGACUGAAGUUUCAGAAGGACAGAAAGAAGCCUGAAUCAUGUCAUCCUUUCCACCCUGAGGAAAAUGCCAUGGAAUGUGGUUCAGCAACACGCCUGUCCAGUCCUCUAACAGCAGCUCUGCUCCCUAUGAUAGCAGCGACCAUCAGCAGGUGACCAUUAGCAGCAGGACAUCAGUAAGGACUAAAUCAACAAGAAGAUGCUUACGAACACAUAGAGAACAUUGCCAAUCAGAAGUGAAUUUGCUCAUACCUCUGCAAAAGGCAGCGCUCUACUAAGAAUAAAUCUUUAUCUGUA